GUUGUAAGUUGUAGCAGAUAGAUAAGAUCAUCAAAAGAACAACCACAAAUGACAGAGCCAUUGUACUAAGCUCAAAUUCGGUGCAAAAUAUCCUCAGCUCAACAUCAACAUAACACUUAGCAGGAACUUUGAAAUAGUAUCACACAGAUGUCACUCCUCCAACUCCAACUCAGCUCUCAUGCAUUGCGCUCUAUCACUUCCUCUUCCCAUAACUUCAGACCCACCUAUUCCUCUAAGCGUGUCAGCUAUGUAAGAACCAGAAUUAGAGCUGUUGGCACAGUCCCCGAGAAGGACUCUGACUCAGACACCACCGACCCCGAUGAGCCACCUUAUGUCGGACUCGUGUUUGUUAGUUCUGUAUUGCUACCAGAUGGAACACCAGAUAUGCACUUUCGUUCUGCUUGUGGAGGCCAGAGGCUUAGGAAGAUAAUGCUCGAUUCCAAUGUUGAACUCUAUGGACCCUAUGCCAGACCUUUGUUAAAUUGUGGAGGGGGUGGAACUUGUGGCACAUGUAUGGUGGAGGUUCUUGAAGGCAAGGAGCUUCUAAACCCUCGCACUGAUAAAGAGAAAGAAAUACUAAAGAAGAAACCAAAGAAUUGGAGAUUAGCAUGUCAAACAAUUGUUGGUAAACCAGAUUCCAGAGGGGCGGUUGUGAUUCAACAACUACCAGAGUGGAAAGGGCACGAAUGGAAAUAUGCAAAGCCUGGAGAGUCGAACUGGGAGUCGGAUUAAAGGAAAUGAUGAUAUAAAACGAAUUUCUUCCUAUGGCAUUUUUGUUUCGCUUCGUUGCAAACCAUGAAGAAAGUCUUGGAAACCUGCAAUUGAACAUAGGAGAUAUAUUCUGUUUUUUAGACUUCAGAGGCACUUCAAGGCAAAAUAUAUAUAUGUGGAAAAUAUUGUAAAGCCAUUGUCAUUUUUACAUUCCUUAAUCUUUAGUGGGAUCCACUAAUUAUAAAUUGUUUAGAUAAUUUAAUACUGUGUUAAUAGAAAGAAAAAAGAAAAAAGAAAUCAAAACACGAAAGAAGAAUCAUACAUAGGAAAAUGUGUUAUAAAUUUUGUUUUCUCGUCA